CAGGAAGCGGAAGUGAGAAGUGGGUGUCCCUGCAGCUUCUUAGCAACGCGCGGUCAAGUGACACAAUCAGCUGACUCCGGUAGAGGAAGGGACUGUAAGCGGCCAGUAUUGGAGCUGUUGUAGCCAAGAUUGCUCGGUCAGGGGCCCGAGCUGAACGGUCAUCGUCAGAAUGUCGGGCAAAGACCGGAUUGAAAUCUUCCCCUCGCGAAUGGCGCAGACCAUCAUGAAGGCCCGCUUGAAAGGAGCGCAGACAGGCCGGAACCUCCUAAAGAAGAAGUCUGACGCCUUAACGCUUCGCUUUCGACAGAUCCUGAAGAAGAUCAUUGAGACCAAGAUGCUGAUGGGCGAGGUGAUGAGGGAGGCCGCCUUCUCCCUUGCUGAGGCCAAGUUCACAGCGGGCGACUUCAGCACCACGGUUAUCCAAAAUGUAAAUAAAGCCCAAGUGAAGAUCCGGGCGAAGAAAGAUAACGUAGCAGGUGUUACUUUGCCGGUCUUCGAACAUUACCAUGAGGGAACUGACAGUUAUGAACUCACUGGUUUAGCCAGAGGUGGGGAACAGCUAGCUAAACUGAAGAGAAAUUAUGCCAAAGCUGUGGAGCUGCUGGUGGAGCUGGCUUCGCUGCAGACUUCCUUUGUUACUCUGGAUGAAGCUAUUAAGAUAACCAACAGGCGUGUAAAUGCCAUCGAGCACGUUAUUAUACCUCGGAUUGAACGUACCCUUGCUUACAUCAUCACAGAGCUGGAUGAGAGAGAGCGAGAAGAAUUCUAUAGGUUAAAGAAAAUACAAGAGAAGAAAAAGAUUCUCAAGGAAAAAUGCGAGAAGGACUUGGAGCAACGGAGAGCAGCUGGUGAGGUGAUGGAGCCUGCAAACCUUCUGGCUGAAGAGAAGGAUGAAGAUCUUCUGUUUGAAUAGUCUUCUCUGCUUUGCCACUUUGGGAAGUCUUCACCGUGACUCCAUUUAAAAUCGGUGUGUCGGUUUGGUACGUGUGGCUAUUUGUAUUUUGGCCUAUGAAGUCCAGCAGUUCUACAGUUUACCUGGAUGUCUACUUAUGGGAUGACUCUUGCAGAACCCUAAUUUAAUUCAGUGUCCCUGUGCUGCAGGCGAGUGAGCUCCGGACUUGCAGGCUUCCCUUUGCUGGGCGUCACGGUUCCUUUACAUCAUGUUACGUGUGACUUGUCCACUAAGCAUUUUAAGAAAUACCCUUUAGGAAAUGUUAGAGGUCUCAGGCCAGCUGCUGUGAAGAUGUUUCCCACCCACUUGCAAACCCUGGCACACGUCUGAAAUGCCACAGCCACCUGUGUCACCACGGUACUUCCAAAGCUUUGUGCAAACCUGCACUUUUUUCCCUUGCAUGACAGGUCUGUCUUGUCUGGGAAGCAUUUCUGCCAAUUUAAAUGUGACUAUGUUAUACACAGUAAAAUGAUUGAAAAAUAA